CUUUGUUUCCGGUUCCGGUGCGAGUCUUUCAUGUCACGUGAUAAAAAGAAGAGCUAUCGGCCAUUAUUCGGCGAGAAGUAAGCUUGCAGCUGGCAAUAGGUGGUGUACGAUCAAGAUUUCAGCCGCUGACAAGCUCUCGCUCAAAAAUUUCCCAGGGAAGCAGCUAUGGCCGACAAGGAACCUCUCUACACUCCCUUCUUCGGCGUCAUGGGAGCCGUUGCAGCUAUGGCGUUUAGCGCACUGGGAGCUGCCUAUGGCACGGCAAAGUCGGGCACAGGCAUUGCGGCCAUGUCUGUGAUGCGGCCGGAGCUCAUCAUGAAGUCCAUCAUUCCAGUAGUCAUGGCGGGUAUCAUUGCCAUCUAUGGCCUCGUCGUUGCUGUACUUAUCUCCAGUACCAUCAAGCCGGACUACAAAUUAUUUUCUGCGUUCCUGCACCUGGGAGCUGGACUGAGUGUAGGGCUGAGCGGAUUGGCAGCUGGCUUUGCCAUUGGAAUCGUGGGGGAUGCCGGCGUGCGUGGUACGGCGCAGCAGCCCCGGCUGUUUGUGGGCAUGAUUCUGAUCCUCAUUUUCGCUGAAGUGCUCGGGCUGUACGGUCUCAUCGUGGCUCUGAUCAUGUACUCCCGCGGUUGAGCGCUUCGUGCGGCCCAAUCCCCCUGCCCGCCCUUCCCCCUCUACAAACCACCACCAUUGCAACUCCCAUCCCUGCCCGCCACCGAGCCCUACCUCCCCUUCCAGUACCAGCAUCAUCCUACCUGCCUCCUUGUCGUUGCUUGUCUUAAAUGGUUCCCCGCCCUGUCCCCCAGAGCUCCUCUUGGCUAAGGAAGAAGGUGCAGACGGGUUUUCUUUUUUCUUUUUCUUUUUAUUUCCGGUGCGACAUUUCUAGCAGCCCUUAAAACCCACUUCAAGUGUGUAUGGCAUGGCCGUGUCCGACAUCUUUUGUUUUCCACACCAUGCCCUGUAAAAUUGCACUCCAAGUGGUAUGUGCCCGUGCGUCGAUGUAUUUAUUGAUGAUGUUUAUGAAACUUUUGUUUCGUUUUAGUCCCAUACAGGCACUUCUUAUUUGAAUGCUUCCUGCAUGCAUGUAUUUGUUUGCUCGCUCAAGUCGCACUUGCUGCGCUCGCUAGGUGUCGCAUCUAAGAACAGCGGGCUUUCUUUCUUUUUGUCCUCCUACACCUCUCUGCUUGCACCUACUGGACGUCGAGCAAAUGGAUGUGCAGAGCUCGUUUGUAGGUCGCUGGCCAGUCAUUGUCUGCUGCUCCGUUGUAUCAGAACUCUGUGCUGCCAGUUUUUCAUUUGACGAACCAUCUGCUGCGUCUGGCUGUCGGGUUGCAGACAUUCCAAAGAGAGCUAGCCCAACUUUUCUGCCCUGUGGAUCCAUUUGUUACCCCUUCCCCUUUUGUUUUUACUUGUUGAUGGUGAUACUGCAUGUAGUUAGCUCACCCUGUUACCUGUUCUAUAUUUUUAAUUGCGCUGCUUUACAGAACAAUCUCUUUUUAAAGCUGGCUGCAACAAGGAAUUGCCAGCAGUCAUGCCUUGAGUCAGCGGUAUUCACUGGAUGUAAUAGGUGAAGCAUGUGUGCUGGUCAGUGUUAGUGGGAUAAAAUGUGGUGUGGUUAGGCGCUGUAGCAUUCGUUUCGCAGACAGCCUGCAACUUGCCAACCAAGGGCACUUGCACAGGUGUCUUACGGCUGAAGUGGGCACAGUUUGAAAAUUUAAGAGUGGGUGUCUGUGUGGCAAGGCAUAUCCUCUAAAGACAGGAAUGGAUGCUACACUCUUUCGAUUGCUGUAUUCGAGAAUGUCCUGGAAGGAAUGUUGGAACGCCACUCAAUCACACCGCAAGCGUGUGCAAGUUGCAAGAUGUCUGCUGACACGUGCAUUUGCAGAAGCGUACUCAACUGAGCACAGUGAUCGGAAAUCGUGUUAGACAUGUUUCCCCUGCAAGCACUCCUCAAGAGGCCAUCCGAGCUUUCUGCACCCCCGUGCACGGAUGAGUCUUCGAGUAAAAGUUGUAAAGCGCAGGUUGCACCGUAUGUAUACAUGGCCGAAGCGAGGGCAUCCAUCCCCGUUCACGUGUGUAGGAUUCUCUCAACAUUGACUGCCACUGGAUUUGCAAACGCGGGGUUUCGAGCAAGUUGUUGUGCGCUAGCGUUGUUGGACCGAGCCUCUACUUAUGUCCUACUAAACGAGCGUGCGCCCUCCUGUUGUUUUUCUCUGCUGCCAUGGGUGCUGCUGCGACAGUGCUGAGAACACAAGUGCCAGCAUGUUAACCCUGAAGAAAAAAAAAAUCAUGGCACCACCCGUGCGCACAUGCUUACUGAAAUAUAGAUGUCUGCAUUACGACUGUAACCAAUUUUUCUGUGUAAAUACAUCGGUAGUACUGUGAUCUGGUGAGCGCAUGUAUGUUUAACCGAGCUGUAAACGGAAAUUUUCAUCUAGGUAUUGUCCUGCAUUAGCGACACAUCUGUUGACGUGACUGUUUUGGAAGUUGAUUCAUUUCGGCCUUUUUUUUUAUUGUAUUUUUGCUCCAAAAUGUUCUCUGUUGGCAGGUGGUAUGAAGUGGGUUCAAUUCCCUGUAAUAUAGUAGUGGUGUAUGUGUAUGUAUGUAUAUAUGUGUCAUAUACAUACUUCCUUGCGGUUACUGUUUAUUUUUUUCUGAAAAAUAAAAUUUUUUUUUGUUCA